ACAAAACAGGAGCAGGCACGAGACAAAGCAAGGAUUCAUUACGUCACUCGCGGAGGGGCGGAGCUUACGCACACACACACGCGCGCGCGCGCGCGCGUUCUCUCUGGUCGCUGACGCCUGCGGACUGUUGUUGUUCCGCUCGACAUUAGCAGCUAGCAGCUAACAGCUAACACAAACUGUGAAGAUGCCUUCAGACCGACACACGGAGCGACGCUCGCGCUGCUAACCUCUCACCUGGUUGAGUUAGUUAGCUCGGGUUAGCUCUGAUUAACCCGGGUUAGCUGUCCCGCUCCGAGUUUUAUGUCCUCGUUGUAGAGGAGGACGGGCUAGCUAGGCGCUUAGCUCCGUUAGCAUGUCCCAGCUAACUGGCCAGUGUUAUUAAUGUUAGCCUCCUUAGCCGGUUAGCUGUUAGCUUCUGGUCUAUAGAAAGCUGUUCAGCUGAGAGCCAGCUUCUCUUUAUGUUGUCCAGUUAGCAGCUGUUGUAGUUAGCUAACCUGUUAGCUGUGUGGUCUUAUUUUAACACAGAUCCCAGGUUGUUUCCGUUAUGUAUCGCUGUGUUCAGACAGCAGAGCUCGUUACUGGGGUGAAAUGUCCGUUAAUGAUUCAGUUCUUUAAGCUUACAGCGAGUCAUAGCUAACGUUAGCUGUUAGCUGGAGCUAACGGUAGUCGGAUGCCUUUGUUUCAUCAGGAGGAGACGGUUUAUGAUGUGAGAGCAGGUUAGCUCUGACUGUUAGCUUAGUUAGCAGGUCGAUUAGAGUAGACACAGAUUCAACAGCCCAUUUAUUUAUAAUAUUUUAAUGUUUGUGAUUGUAGCAGAUGCUAAGCUAACAGAUAAUUCAGCACCACAGAGCUGAGGUCAGUCUUUGUCUGCAGAGCUUGAGGAGUUUAUUUGUGGGACCUGUCAGCUGUUUCCGGGCAGAUUUCAGUGUUUUGUUUGAUUUGUGGCUGACAUGCAGCUGGCAGCUCCUCCAGCUGUUUAGUGACCUUGGACUCAUCAUCAUCAUCAUCAUCAUCAUCAUCAUCAAAGUAACCCAGCUGGCGGAGACAACGUGGGUAUUAUGGCCCUCAGAUCAGGCUGCAGGCAGAGCCGCUCAGCAUGUGCCGUCUACCUGCUCAUACUGUCAGGAUGCAUCGCUGCGUCUCAGAGCAACGACAACGUCUACGUGUCAGGGAUUUCCAACGACUGUGGCGAGGUGGCGGAGCUCCUGCGGGCGUCCAGCGGUGUGAUUACCAGCCCCGGUUGGCCCUUUCAGUAUCCGGCCAGACUGAACUGCAGCUGGAACAUCAGAGCCCGACCUGGAGACACCAUCACCAUCAGUUUCCAGGACUUUGACCUCCAGGGUUCCCAUCGUUGCUCCUCGGACUGGAUGUCCAUCAGCAGCUACAGGAGCCUGGAUGGGCUGCGGGUGUGUGGUUCUUCCCUGCCGCCACCCUACAUCUCCUCCCAGGACCACGUCUGGAUACACUUCCACUCUGAUGACAGUCUGACGGGGAAAGGCUUCAGACUGUCCUACAUCACUGGUAAGCCAGAGGCGUCCAGCUGUGAUGUGGACCAGUUCCACUGCUCGAAUGGGAAGUGUAUCCCAGACUGGUGGCGCUGUAACUCCAUGGACGAGUGUGGUGACAAUUCAGACGAGGAGCUGUGUGUGGACUCGCCGUUCUCCUUCCAGCCCUGCAGCCUGAACCAGUUCCCCUGCCUGUCCCGCUACACCCGAAUCUACACCUGUCUGCCGCACAGCCUGCGUUGCGAUGGCAGCAUCGACUGUCAGGACCUCGGUGAUGAGAUCGACUGUGACGUGCCCACUUGCGGAGAAUGGUUGAGGAACUUCUACGGCUCUUUCAGCUCUCCAAACUACCCAGACUUUUACCCACCAGGAAGUAACUGCACCUGGCUGAUCGACACCGGAGACCACAGGAAGGUCAUCCUGAGGUUUAUAGACUUUAAACUCGAUGGGACGGGUUACGGCGACUACGUGAAGGUCUACGACGGCCUGGAGGAGAACCCUCGCCGUCUCCUCAGGGUGCUAACUGCCUUUGACUCCAGAGCGCCGGUCGCUGUGGUUUCAUCGUCUGGUCAGCUCCGAGUUCACUUCUACGCCGACAAGAUUAAUGCUGCCAGAGGUUUUAACGUCACCUACCAGGUGGAUGGGUUCUGCCUGCCAUGGGAGGUUCCCUGUGGGGGGAACUGGGGCUGUUACACCGAGCAGCAGCGCUGUGACGGGUACUGGCACUGUCCCAACGGUCGGGACGAGCUGAACUGUUCUUCAUGUCAGGAGGACGAGUUCCCCUGUUCCAGAAACGGAGCCUGUUACCCUCGAUCGGACCGCUGCAACUACCAGAACCGCUGCCCCAAUGGUUCUGACGAGAAAAACUGCUUCUUCUGUCAGCCAGGAAACUUCCACUGCAAGAAUAACCGCUGUGUGUUUGAGUCGUGGGUGUGCGAUGCUCAGGACGACUGCGGCGACGGUAGCGAUGAGGAGAGUUGUCCCGUCAUCGUUCCCACCAGAGUCAUCACCGCCGCCGUCAUCGGCAGCCUCAUCUGUGGCCUUCUAUUGGUCAUCGCCCUCGGCUGCACCUGUAAACUUUACUCACUGCGCAUGUUUGAACGCAGAUCAUUUGAAACCCAGCUGUCCAGAGUGGAGGCGGAGCUGCUGAGGAGGGAAGCCCCGCCCUCUUAUGGUCAGCUGAUCGCCCAGGGACUGAUCCCACCAGUGGAGGAUUUCCCAGUGUGCUCUGGGAGCCAGGCGUCUGUCCUGGAAAACCUCCGUCUGGCUGUUCGCUCUCAGCUCGGCUUCACCUCCCUGAGACUCCCCUCUUCCGGUCGUCAUAGCAACCUGUGGCGCCGUCUCUUCACCUUCUCGCGGUCGCGGCGGUCGGGUUCUUUGGCUCUGGUCUCUGCUGAUCUGGAGGACAGCGCUGGCACUGGGAGCACUGGGAGUUCUGGUUCAGACCUGCUCUCUCCGGACUCGGACGACACGGACACAGAGGGCGAACGAGGGAGGGAGCGAGGUGUGGGCGCAGUGGGCGGGCCUGUCGCCCCCCUCCCCCAGAAAACCCCACCCUCCGCCGCCGUGGAGGCCGUGGUAUCUGUGACAACGUCCGCAAACUCCGUGACCCCGGCGCCCGGCCGUGACCGAGGCCGUGACACGCCUAGAGAGGCCCUGCCCCCCUCCCGACCCGUUACCGUAGUAACCGCCAGUCCAGAUCCUGAAUUUCACAGUGACGCCUCCGAGCUCCAGGCUCCGCCCACCUCUGCCCUGCAGCGACUGGCCCAGAACCUGCACCGCCUCGCCAGGAACCUGACCAGAACCAGCCAGACCCAGCAAGACCAAACCUGGACCAAUCACAGUCCACUUCGCCAGCUGGAGACAGGAGGAGGCGGGACCGAGGCUGCCGAGCGACAAGGAAGCAGAGAAGAGGAAGAAGACGUGGAGCUCCUGAUCCCCGUCUCCGACUCCUCCUCCUCCUCAUCAUUGGUCAGCGAUGUCCGACAGCCGCUGCUGGAGCCACACCCCUCCUCCACCACAGGCUACGCUUCUCGCAAUCACCGUGGAAACGGUUGUCGAGGAGGGCGGGAUGGCCCCUGUGAACACUGCGGAAUGGUCCACACGGCUCAGAUCCCCGCCGCCUGUCUGGAGGCCACAGGCAAGACGGAGAGCAGCGACGACGAGCUGCUGCUGCUCUGCUAACAGGCUAACCCGCCGGGCUAAUAUGCCAACUGACAGGCUGAUACUUCUAACACUACACCUACAGCUAGCUAACAUGCUAACUGACAGGUUAAUAUUAAUGAUACCCUGACCCAACACCUACAGCUAGCUAACAUGCUAACUGACAGGUUAAUAUUAGUGAUACCUACCCACACCUACAGCUAGCUAACAUGCUAACUGACAGGUUAAUAUUAAUGAUACCCUGACCCAACACCUACAGCUAGCUAACAUGCUAACUGACAGGUUAAUAUUAGUGAUACCCUGACCCAACACCUACAGCUAGCUAACAUGCUAAAUGACAUGGAGAAUACUGUUAAUACGACCCUGGUCCUACUCCAACAGUUAGCUGACAUGCUUAUUGACUGGCUAACACUACUAAUACUACCCUGACCCAACACCUCAGACUUCAGACAGCUAGCCAACAUGCUAACAUUGCUCAAUGGACUACAACUAGCCAACAAGCUAACACUUCAGACUAGACUACAGAUAGCUAACAUGUUAACAGAUUAGACUGGACUACAGCUAGAAGCAUGCUAACACUUGACACUACAACUAGCCAACAGGCUAACACUUCAUCUGGACUACAACUAGGGAUAAUCUAACAUGUGUUAGCAUGUUAGCUGGAUUAAAGGUUAGCUCUCAGUGAUGUCUGAGAUGAACAGACCAAUCAGAGACCGAGGGGAGUGAUGUCACUGAUUAGAUUCUGAUGUUGGUACAACUAUGAAAACUCUCCCCUGUUGUUCCCCCGGUCCGUCCGUUAAAACACUCCCCUCCUCCCUGCAGGCGGACGUCCUUCUUGGUACGACUUCAUGAACACUGACUUCCUCCUCGUUGGUACGACAGUAAACUGUGUCCUGACAGAACAAACUGGUGGUUGUCUGUUAAAGACAACAUUAAACUGAUCCAGGAACCUUCUCUGCCUCUGAACCGGGGACGUGUUGGACUCUUGGUCAGGUGCAACAGUUUAAAUGCCCCUUUGUGCUGGUUGUUGAGUCUGUUAAAGAAUGGCGAGGGUCAUGUGACCUAUGGAGGUAGCCAAAGAUAGCUGCUAGCAGGCUAGUUUUUUGGUAGCCUAGCCUAGUGAGGCUACUCGUACCGUAAAACUAACAAAAGUCUGUUCUCUGUACAGAGUACACCAUGUUUGGAGUUUUUCAGAGUUCAGACUUGUCAAGUUAGUGACAAAAUAAUCUCGACUCAAAGAUUCACUAACUGGAAAAAAAACGUUUUCGACCGUGUUAACCAUCAGAUAUGAUCAGUAGAUACACCUGUUACCUGCAACGUAUAUUUACAAUAUACACAAUUUCACAUUACACCACACUUCCUAUAUUUAUAUGGAAUUUCUUUUGAAGUUCGGCUGGAUGAAACGAACCCUAUUCCUGGUUAUUGACGCCCUCAGCUGUCGCCGGUCGCAGGCAGCAGGCGGCGGUGUGUUUGUCAGACGUCGACGUUAUUUAUUUAUUCACACUUCCUGUAUCGCAGUCGGGUUUAUUGAUAUUGAAAAUGAAGCACAACACGAAUGUUAUUUUCAGUCAUCAUUUUUUAUAGGGCUGCACGAUAUGGUAAAAAAUCAUAUUGUGAUUAUUUUGACGGAUAUUACGAUAUGCGAUAUGAUUCACGAUUCGUGGAAUGAUUAUUUUUGCAUCACAAUUUUCAUUUACACUGAAAAAACUUUAAAAUCAUGUGACAUUUGUUGGGUCUGUACCAAACAUCGGGACCGGGGCGUCUCUGCAGCGCUACGGUACUUCAUUAUUAUGCUGUUUUGUCACCUUUAUGAAAAACCUGCAGCUUCUGUGAUUCGCACUUGGCCAUGUUGCGAUUUCGAUAAUAUUUGGAUUAAUUGUGCAGCGCUAAUGUUUUAUACUUUUGUAAAACUUGAAACCAAACCCUUGAGUUGAUCCCUCAGACAGCAGAUUAACAAUUGAUGCUAAUGCUAGCUGGGCUACCUCCCCAGGUCAUGUGACCCUCAUCAGGCUCGUCAUAGCGGUCUCUGUAGAGUCUUCAACACCGCACGUGGUUCAGGUUCCUGUCUGGUUCCCUCCUGGUGUUUAAUGUUCUACCUGUUCGGUUCUCUGAAAAGGUUCUAGAUCUGACGAUUCUACAAGAAUGUUCUGGAUCUGUAAAGAGAAAACUAAAUAUAAAAGAGCUGAAACGACUUGUCAUGUGUUUGAAAGGUCAAAGGUCACGAGUUGUUUACACUUCAUAUUCAACAUAAAGGACUCAGAGAUCCAGACUGGACUCAGAACUGAACCAGGUUCAGAACCAAAACCAACAGAACCAGAUGGUCUGAAGGUUCAAACGGACGUUUCUGGAUUAUAAACAUGUUAAUUCUGAUUUUGUGACAAAACAUGAAAACUGAUUUUCUCUUCCUCCUGCUCCUCCUCUUCCUCCUGCUCCUCCUCUUCCUCUUCCUCCUGCUCAGACUGAAGCUAUUCAAACUGACCCGUCUGUAUUUAUGAUCUUAGUUUUUGGUACUCAGAUCUCAGCUGACCUUGUGUGAGUGUGCCUGUGUAUAUUUAUUGUUAUUAUUAUUAUUAUUAAUAAUACAACUGUGGUUAUUAUUAUUAUUAUUAUUAUUGUGUUCUUUUGUUGUUGUGUAGCUGUUUUUCUGACCUGCAUGAUUCAAGUUAUUUGGUGUCAGUUUUUCUUUGAAUCUGUAAAGUUAAAAACUGUUAAACUGCACUAAAGAUUAAAGGUUCACGUUUCA